AUGAAUACGAGGAAACGCCACGGCUCCCGAAACACUGAUCAAGGCGUUUACCUGGGGCCGUCCCAGACGCAAGCUUUCUCUCCGCUGGGUGCCCCUCCCGCUGCGGCUGCUGCUGCCACGGCCGCCCCUGUCAGCCCUCCUCAACCCCAGUGGGACGCCAUGUCGUGUCAAGACCGCACCCUGGAGUUCCGCUCGGCCUGCAAGUCCUUGCAAAGCAGAGAAAACGGGCUUCACGUGAACAAGCCGGCGCAGAGCGGGGCCAUCCGGCAGAGGAGUGAAUUUACUCUCAUGGCCAAGCGCAUUGGGAAGGACCUCAGCAACACCUUCGCCAAGCUGGAAAAGCUAACGAUUUUGGCCAAACGGAAAUCGCUUUUCGACGACAAGGCGGUGGAGAUAGAGGAGCUGACUUACAUCAUCAAGCAGGAUAUCAACAGCCUCAACAAACAGAUCGCACAACUCCAGGAGUUUGUCAAAGCCAAAGGCAGCCUGACGGGCAGGCACGUGCAAACACACUCCAACACCGUGGUGGUUUCUCUGCAGUCGAAGCUGGCUUCCAUGUCCAAUGAUUUCAAAUCCGUUUUGGAGGUGCGGACGGAGAAUCUUAAGCAGCAGAAAAGCCGGCGAGAACAAUUCUCCCGUCCCCCAGUAGCCACCAUGUCUCUUUCUGCAAACAACCUAGGUUCCAGCGUGCUUCAGGACGAGCGUCGGUACUCGGGAGAUGUGGCCAUUGACAUGGACAAUCGGACGAGCCAGCAGUUGCAGCUAAUCAAUGAGCAGGAUUCGUACAUCCAGAGCCGGGCGGACACUAUGCAGAACAUCGAAUCGACCAUUGUAGAGCUGGGCUCCAUAUUUCAGCAACUGGCACACAUGGUUAAAGAACAGGAAGAGACGAUCCAGAGAAUCGAUGCCAACGUGGAGGACACCGAGCUGAACGUGGAAGGGGCCCACAUGGAAAUCCUGAAGUACUUCCAGUCGGUCUCCUCUAACCGGUGGCUGAUGGUGAAGAUCUUCCUCAUCCUGGUCGUCUUCUUCAUCAUCUUCGUGGUCUUUUUGGCCUGA